AUGGAUCCUCAUGCAGCCCUUGAGCUGCUGGAAUACUUGCGCACCUCUUACCCAAUCUUCCUUCUUAUCCUCUUCGUCGUGGCCUUCGUGGCUAGUACUACCAUCGCUGCGAAGAAAGCUAGCAAGCAUGAGUCUCAAUACUUUGGCCCGGGAGGGCGACCACUCCCUCAGCGAACUCGAAGUGUGCCUGCCUACAAAUCCCAGGAGUUCUCGCGGAACGUCAAACGAGUUUUCAACUUGCUCUCCGCGGCCAUUCUUUUGACCUUCCUUGCGGAUGCAACUAUCUAUAUCGUACAUGUGAUGACGGCCAGGUCGGAGAACUGGUGGCGAGGACAGUCCUUCGUGAUUUACGUCGUCGGCUCGUUCUUCGUCUACGCAGUGCUGCUCAUGGCAAUGCUAGACACAUCCCCCUCGCCUACUAUCGCCCAAUUUGUCUGUUGGUCUGUCGCCAUCCCGAUCGAAUUGGUUAUUGUUAGCACCUCCCUCUCAAUCUACACCUCGGUUCACCACGAGCCAAUUGUCGGAGACCCAGAAGGUGGUCGGAUCCGCAGAAGCAUUACAUUAUGGGAGUCCCUCGAAGUGGGAUCGAACAGUGUACGCAUCCUUAUCUUGUUUGCACUGGUUCUUCUCUACGCCUGUCAAUCGUUCAGCAUGAAGAGCCACGGGAAGGCAAGCCAGGGAGCGAAUGGAGUCACGGAAGCCACGGGACUUUUGGAUUCUGGUGGUGCAGAAAAUGGAAAUGGGAACGGAACUGCCAAUGGUCAUUCAUAUGGCUCGACGAACGGAGCUCCUCGCCCCGAAAAUUCCAAACCUACCGAUCCAUGGGUGCGUCCGACGACUGUCCCUUCCACUAGCUGGUGGGAGUACCUGAGUGGGUACUCGCUAUUUUUCCCAUACCUGUGGCCGUCCAAAUCUCGCCGUCUGCAACUAAUUGUCACCUUCUGUUUUGGACUCCUCAUAUGCCAGAGAGUCGUUAACGUCUUGGUACCCUACCAAAUCGGACUCAUUACAGGUUCUCUUACUAAGAGCGAGGGUGAGGGUGGGGACUUCCAUGUGCCAUGGCUUCAAAUUUGCCUGUAUGUGUUGUACCGGUGGUUGCAGGGCGGCCAGGGCCUACUCAGCUCUCUGCGCUCUAGCCUCUGGAUUCCCGUGAGCCAGUACUCUUACAUGGAGCUCUCCACUGCUGCAUUCGAACACGUCCAUAGUCUCAGCUUAGACUUCCAUCUCGGAAAAAAGACCGGAGAAGUCCUGUCCGCUCUGAGUAAGGGCAGUUCGAUCAAUACUUUCCUUGAGCAGGUCACCUUUCAGGUUGUUCCAAUGCUUGUCGACCUUGUCAUUGCGAUUGUGUACUUCAUGGUCGCAUUCGAUGUCUACUAUGCUCUAGCUGUCGGAAUUUCCACCUUUGGCUAUCUCUAUGUCACUAUUCGCAUGGCCCAGUGGAGAGCAGAGAUCAGAAGACAGAUGGUCAAUGCCUCGCGACAAGAAGAUGCUGUCAAGAACGAUUCCAUGGUCUCAUAUGAGACAGUGAAAUACUUCAAUGCCGAACAGUACGAAUUCAACCGGUACCGGGGUGCUGUGCGUGACUUCCAGAAGGCCGAAUACCACGUGCUAUUCUCUCUAACACUACUGAACACCUGUCAAAACACCGUGUUUAUGAUGGGCUUAUUGAUAAUGUGCUUCAUUUGUGCAUACCAGGUUGCUAGUGGUCAGCGCCCUGUCGGCAAGUUCGUGUCUCUACUGGCCUAUAUGGUCCAACUCCAGGGCCCGCUCAAUUUCUUUGGCACAUUCUAUCGGUCUAUUCAAUCUGCAUUGAUCAAUGCCGAACGACUGCUAGAAUUGUUCCGUGAGCAGCCAACUGUGGUCGAUAGCCCAAGUGCCACCCCGUUGGCCGUAUGCAAUGGUGACAUCAAAUUCGAGAAUGUUGAGUUCGCUUACGAUGCGCGUAAGCCCGCGUUGAAUGGCCUUACCUUCCACUGCCAGCCGGGAACUACCACCGCCUUGGUUGGUGAGUCUGGCGGAGGUAAGUCCACCGUCUUCCGCCUCUUGUUCAGAUUCUACAACUCCGAUAAUGGACGUAUCUGUAUCGACGGACAUGAUGUACAGGAUGUCACAAUCGAUUCACUACGCCAGAACAUUGGUGUGGUGCCUCAAGAUACUGUACUUUUCAACGAGACUUUGAUGUACAACUUGAAGUACGCCAACCAGGACGCCUCCGAUGAAGAUGUUUUCGAGGCUUGCCGCGCUGCCAGUAUUCACGACAAGAUUCUUGCUUUCCCCGACGGGUAUAACACGAAGGUUGGAGAGCGUGGCCUACGACUUAGCGGUGGCGAGAAGCAACGUGUUGCCAUUGCUCGCACCAUCAUUAAGAACCCGCGCAUCAUUCUCUUAGAUGAGGCAACCGCAGCUCUAGACACAGAUACCGAGGAGCAUAUUCAGAGGGCACUCGCUACUCUCUCGCGGGGUCGCACCAUGCUGGUGAUCGCUCAUCGUCUCAGCACUAUCACUACCGCAGACCGCAUCUUGGUCUUGUCAGAAGGUCAAGUGGCUGAAAGCGGCACCCAUGAAGAGCUUUUGGCUAUGAAGGGUCGCUAUGCCAGCAUGUGGCGUAAGCAGAUCCGUGCCCAAAAGGCUAUGGCAGAAGCUCAGGUUCUAGCCGAGCGAAUCCGCACUGCAACCACAAGCGAUGACAGCUCCAGUCAGUCGGAUGAAGACCGCAAAGUUGUUCGGUCGCUGAAACAACAAAAUCAGCAAGGCCCGAACCGCUAA